UCCUAAAAUAGAAAAAGGUUUCCUUCAGUUUCUCAAACUCGUCAUGGAUUCGGUUUCUUGCUGAGGAAGCAAAAAAAAAAAUAGAUACCAAAAAAAAAUAAAUCAAAAGGUAUAAUGGAAUCGAGUCCGACAAAGAAAGGCCUACAGUCACAGUCAUCAUCCGUGAGUCGGCCACCUCAGGCCGUGAAAUUCGCCCGUCGGACAUCCAGUGGUCGCAUCGUCAGCCUCUCCCGCGACGAUGACAUCGAUGUCUCCGGCGACUUUUCCGGCCCAAACGACUACAUCAACUACACUGUUCUCAUGCCUCCCACUCCCGACAACCAACCCGCCGGUUCCACGUCGGAGGCCAAACCCGACGCCUCUGGCCCAUACCAACAGACGCGGUUCGGCUCCGACUCCGGUCAUAGCGGCGGUGUUGGCGGCGACGGGCCCGUGAUGGGGAAUAAGCUCGAGAGGAGAUUAUCGGUGAUGAAAUCGAACAACAAAUCUAUGCUUCUCAGAAGCCAGACCGGAGAUUUCGAUCACAAUCGAUGGCUGUUCGAAUCCAAAGGAAAGUACGGAAUCGGAAAUGCGUUUUGGUCGGAAGACGAGAACGCUUACGACAGCGGCGUGAGCAUGUCGGAUUUCUUCGACAAGCCAUGGAAGCCCCUCACGAGGAAGGUCAAGGUCCCCGCCCAAGUGCUCAGUCCGUACAGGUUACUGAUUUUAAUCCGUCUGGUGGUACUCUGCUUCUUCCUCGGGUGGCGAGUUCGGAACCCUAACGAAGACGCGAUGUGGCUAUGGGGACUAUCCAUUGUCUGCGAGAUUUGGUUCGCUUUUUCUUGGAUUCUCGACAUCCUUCCGAAGCUAAACCCUAUAAACAGAGCGGCCGAUCUCGCUGCCUUGCACGACAAGUUUGAGCAGCCGUCUCCGGCCAAUCCCACCGGCCGAUCCGAUUUGCCCGGCGUCGACGUUUUUGUAUCCACAGCCGACCCAGAGAAAGAGCCUCCGCUUGUCACUGCAAACACCAUCCUCUCGAUUCUGGCCGUGGACUAUCCUAUCGAGAAGCUUUCUGCUUACAUCUCAGACGACGGUGGUGCCAUUCUCACUUUCGAAGCAAUGGCUGAGGCAGUUCGCUUCGCUGAGGUUUGGGUUCCAUUCUGCAGAAAACAUGACAUAGAGCCGAGGAACCCGGACAGUUACUUCAGCCUGAAAAGGGACCCGACAAAGAACAAGAAAAAGCCAGACUUUGUCAAAGACAGGCGUUGGAUCAAACGUGAGUACGACGAAUUCAAGGUAAGGAUCAAUGGUCUACCUGAGCAAAUAAAAAAGAGAGCCGAACAGUUCAACUCGAAAGAAGAGCUCAAGGAAAAACGGAUGGCCCGUGAGAAACACGGCGGCGUAUUGCCACCAGACGGCAUUCAGCUGACUCCAGCCACUUGGAUGGCUGAUGGCACGCAUUGGCCUGGCACCUGGUUCAGUCCCACGGCUGAUCAUUCCAAGGGCGAUCAUGCCGGAAUCUUGCAGAUAAUGAGCAAAGUGCCUGAGCUCGACCCGGUGAUGGGUGGACCGAACGAGGGCGGGCUCGACUUCACGGAUGUGGAUAUCCGUGUGCCGAUGUUCGCGUAUGUUUCGCGUGAGAAACGCCCUGGCUACGACCACAACAAGAAAGCUGGUGCCAUGAACGCCAUGGUUCGGGCUUCAGCUAUUUUAUCAAAUGGUGCUUUCAUUCUGAAUCUGGAUUGUGAUCACUACAUCUACAAUUCCAAAGCUAUCAAAGAAGGUAUGUGUUUUAUGAUGGACCGAGGCGGCGACCGGAUUUGCUACAUUCAGUUCCCGCAGAGGUUCGAAGGGAUCGAUCCCUCUGACCGAUAUGCCAAUCACAAUACCGUUUUCUUCGAUGGUAACAUGAGAGCGCUUGAUGGGCUACAAGGUCCUGUUUAUGUCGGGACGGGCUGUAUGUUCAGACGCUAUGCUCUCUACGGCUUCAACCCUCCUCGGGCCAACAACUACCUGGGCAUUUUCGGACAGGUCAAGACUCCUUCUGCAAAUGCCCGAGCUCGGUCCCAGACCGAUACUGACUCGGAUACACAGCCUCUCACUGACGACCACGAGCUCGGCCUGCCCAAGAAGUUUGGCAACUCGACCAUGUUCACUGAAACCAUCCCAGUCGCCGAGUACCAAGGCCGACCACUCGCUGACCAUAUGUCUGUCAUGAACGGCCGCCCUCCCGGCGCCCUUCUUCUCCAACGGCCGCCUCUCGAUGCCCCCACUGUGGCUGAGGCCAUUGCUGUUAUCUCUUGCUGGUAUGAGGAUAAUACCGAGUGGGGAGAUCGGAUCGGAUGGAUUUACGGAUCGGUGACUGAAGACGUGGUGACGGGCUACAGGAUGCACAACCGCGGUUGGAGAUCGGUCUACUGCAUCACCAAACGGGACGCCUUUCGCGGGACCGCUCCGAUCAACCUCACCGACCGUCUCCACCAGGUCCUGCGGUGGGCCACCGGGUCCGUCGAGAUCUUCUUCUCCAAGAACAACGCCCUGUUCGCCACUCGCAGGCUCAAAUUCCUCCAACGCGUCGCUUACCUCAACGUCGGAAUCUACCCUUUCACUUCCAUCUUCUUGGUCGUCUACUGUUUCCUCCCUGCUCUGUGCCUCUUCACCGGCCAGUUCAUAGUUCAGAGCCUCGACAUCCAUUUCCUCAUCUAUCUACUCUGCAUAACCCUAACCCUGACCCUGAUUUCGCUCCUCGAGGUGAAAUGGUCGGGAAUCGGACUCGAGGAAUGGUGGAGGAACGAGCAGUUCUGGCUAAUCGGAGGCACGAGCGCUCACCUCGCAGCUGUGAUUCAGGGAUUGCUGAAAGUGAUCGCAGGAAUCGAGAUCUCGUUCACCCUGACAUCGAAAUCGGCAGGUGACGACGAGGACGACGUAUACGCCGAUCUAUAUAUAGUGAAAUGGACGAGCCUGUUCAUCAUGCCGUUGACGAUCAUCGUAGUCAACCUGGUGGCGGUCGUGAUCGGCGCAUCGAGAACGAUCUACAGCGUGAUUCCUCAGUGGAGCAAACUGAUGGGAGGAUCGUUUUUCAGCUUCUGGGUUUUGGUGCACAUGUACCCAUUUGCGAAAGGACUGAUGGGUCGGAGAGGAAGAGUUCCGACAAUCGUCUGGGUUUGGUCGGGACUCGUCUCCAUCACCGUGUCUCUGCUUUGGAUCACAAUCAGCCCGCCGGAUGAAGUUACCGGCGGCGGAGGAAUCUCAGUUUGAGAUUUUUUUUUUGUUGGGUGUGUAUGUUUUGUAUCAAGUGUUGUUACUCGCUAACGUACACGUGAUUAGACUGGGAAUUACGAAGACGAUGAAAAAAACCCAUGUAAUUGUAGAUUAAUUCAAUUGCCAAAAUAACAAUUUUCACUAAA